AUGGGUCGACUUCUUCCAAUACACUUGUUAUUUAAAUUACCGUUAGGCCAAUUCACUUAUGCAGAACUUGAAGGUCCUACUGAUCUUAAAUGGGAUUCUCAUGGAGUAACAGUUGUUGGUAGUGAUACUCCUGGGACAUCAUCGAAUCAAUUAAAUAGUCCACGAGGUUUAUUUUUUGAUCAAAAAACACAAAUUUUAUAUAUUGCUGAUCGAGAUAAUCAUCGUGUACAACAACUAUUACCAAAUGGUCAAAUAAAAACAAUAGCUGGUGAUCCAAAUGGUAAUUCCGGAACUAGUAAUGAUCGAUUAAAUCAACCAUCAGCUAUUUAUGUUGAUGAAAAUCAAAAUUUAUUUAUUGCUGAUACGAAUAAUCAUCGUGUACAAAAAUGGGAAAAGGACUCAACAAGUGGUAGUACAGUUGCUGGUAAAACAGGAAAUCCCGGUUCAGAUCUACAUCAAUUACAUAGUCCUCAAGCAAUAUGGGUUGAUUCAGAAAAUAAUUUAUAUAUUGCAGAUUUAAGCAAUCAUCGUAUAGUCAAACGGUUAUCUCAAUCAUCAGUUGUAGUCAUAGCAGGAGGAAAUGGACAAGGUAAUUUACCAAAUCAAUUGAAUGAUCCUGUAGGAUUAUAUUUUGAUGAAUUGAAUAAUGAUUUAUAUAUUUCAAAUUAUCUUGGUCAUUCAAUAACAAAAUGGAAAAUAGGUGAACUACAAGGUACAUUUAUUGCUGGUAGAGUCGGUGAAAAUGGUACUAGUUCAAUAUUAUUAAAUCAUCCAUCAACCGUAGCAUUGGAUAAAAAUGGUAAUAUGUAUAUUGCUGAUACUUAUAAUCAUCGUAUUGAAUUAUUUUGUAAUGAUGGAUCUAAAGAAGGUAAAAGGAUUGCUGGCAUAACUGGUCAAAUUGGUAACAAUGAUGAACACUUGAAUUUUCCUCAUGAUUUGGCAUUAGAUAUAGAAAAAUAUACUUUAUAUGUUGCUGAUAGUGAAAACGAUCGAGUACAAAAAUUUACAUUUAUUUCAUCAUCAUCAAAAGGUAUACGAACAAUUAUAGAACAAAAAUGGUUAUUAUUAUUUAUAACAAUAAGUUUUAUUCGAUUUUAUUGA